UGGCACUUUUAGCUGGGUGACGAUGAAGCAGUGAAACGAUUAACCUGUCGUAAGUGCGAGGGGCAUGGCUUCAUUUCGGUCCUGAAAGGUCAUGCUGCUGUCUGCCCAUUCAACGAAUGCAGCUGUGAACGUUGCUCAUCUGUAAUGAGCAUGCGAGCCAAUGCCCUGAUUCGUCGAUUCCGUCAUCGACAACCUGGACAGAACUUGGCCGUACUGAAGACGAUCCGCUCCAAGAAUGGCAAUAUGCGCCUGAGAAUCGUUCCAAAAGGAGAUCAGACUGAUGGUGAGCGAUACCUCUAG